CUUGGACCCAGGAUGCAGCAUCCGCUCCCCGUUCAAUAUGAAUGACGAGCGAGAGCUGCCCCUCAGCAGGAAGGCUUUGACUUUCCACCGUGUCCGUGCCGGGCGCACGGAGGCAUCCGCGCCGCCAGGGGGCGCUGUAGUCAUGGAAACCGCUCCAGGUGCAAAGAAAGACCUGAAACCACAGUCGCGUCAGACGUCGAACUUCCAGAACGCGACAGGUGUGCUGGCUCUCCAUCUACGUUCCGACCUCACCGAGACCGAAACGCGGGUGUGAUGUAGAAGCCGGAGGCGGGAGAUGAUCGGUAGAAACAUUUAGGGAUCUCCGAGCGGCCAGAAAUGAAAAGGUAAAAGAUUGAAGUGUUCUUUUUUUUUAUCAUACAAAGUUGACGUGGCGCUGACAGGUGCAUCCAGCCGGACAGUCGCUCCAUGUGAAAACCACCCGAGGAGACCGCGAGCUGCCCAGGAGGACGACCAUGAGGAGGAACAAGCAGAUCGACGUCGAGCGCGCCCUCGCCCUGGCCAGCGUCCUCAACUUCCUAUGCUCCUGUGCCAAAGGAUGCCUGCUCCCCUUCCUCACCCUGUACCUCAGACAGCUGGGCCUCACCCCCGCGAUGACCGGCGUCGUCAUGGGCACCAGACACCUGAUAGCGCUGGUCUGGAGCCCCGUGGCGAGCCUGCUGUCCAAGCACUACAACAAGAGGCGAGCGGUGAUCGGCGGCUCUCUCGUGUGUUCAGCAGCAGUCGCCCUGGUCCUGCUGCUUAUCCCGCCUGCAGAUGUGCACGAGCAGGGCAGCGCCUGUAACACGUCUAACUUGACCAGCGGUGCGGCCCACAGUCUCGGUGAUAAGCUGCUCACAAGUAGCGUUGGACCUGAAACAUCAACUAGCACGCGCCCAGAAGAUCUCGUUUCUCAGCCUGACGUCACGCUUCCUGCAAAGACGAUCACUGAUACUAAAUCUGCUCCUGUAAUGACGACGAGCAAAACUUCAAACGAUCAUCGUGCUGGCGAUAAAUCUCACCCUCAGCUGUCACAAGAGACUGUAGCGGUUGCGGUCAACAGCAGUCUUCGAGAUCCACAGAUCAGCAGCUCUGCCCUGUAUCAUGUCACCAGCUCCUCUGCUGCCGCAGUGAGGAACAAGAGGUCAAACUCUAAAUCAGCGUCUGUAGAACUGCAGGGAGAAAAGACGGCGGCGGUGGAGGAGGAGAGACAUUUUGACUUUCUAGAAAGCCUGAAGGCCAUGGACCCUCAACACCAGCUCUUCUUCAUGAUGCUCAUCGUUGUCUCGGCGUGGGAGUGUGCGUCAGCCCCUCUGGAGUGGACGGCAGACGACGGACUGUAUGAAUAUCUCGAUUUCGCCGACGCCUCCGACCGCUACAGCAGCACGGGUCUGUGGGGUUUACUGGGUGCAGCGUGUGGGGCGGGAGGAGCAGGGUUGCUGGUCAGCCAGUUGAGCUGCCUCAUAGCUGGACAGACCCGCAGGAGCGUGGUGCAUUUCUACUGCUACGCCGCUCUGGCAGCUAUGGCCCUGCCCGCGGCCUGCUACCUCCCUCUGUACUUGAACAAAAAGCGAGACAGGGCCAACGGGCUCCUGAAAGCCGUGCAGCUGGUUCGCGGCUCCCCCCGCGCUCUGCUCUGCGCCAUCACCACCCUGCUGGUCGGGGCGGCGUGCUCGUCCGUGGAGAACUUCCUCCUGUGGCAGAUGCAGGAUCACGGGAGCAACGAGCUGCACAUGGGGCUGUCUCUGGCUCUCGCGCUGCUCUCACAGGCCGCCUUCCCUCUCCUGGCCGGCCGCGUAUCCAAAAUCCUCAGCCCGGGCAGGGUGCUCGCAGUGGGGGCCACGUGUCUCGGCCUGCAGUGCUUCUACUACUCCUUCCUCUGGGGACCCUGGGCCGCGCUGCCCGCUCAGACGUUGAGUUGCCUCAGCAGCGGAGCCCUCUGGUGGGCUGUGAGCGCCCAGUGUGAGGACGUCGCCACGCCGGGGGCUGAGAGGAGCGUGAGGAGGGUCUACAGUGCGCUCUCCCUGCACCUGGGAAGCGGUCUCGGGAGCUUCGCCGGAGGCUAUGUGGUGCAGAGGUUCGGGCUGACGUGGCUGUUCAGAGGCGUGGCAGUGGGUCUGACGGCAUGGUGCGUGUGUCUGCUUCUCCUCCAGUGGAAGGCCCCCCGCCAGCGCAGGAUUAACUACUCUCGCCUCUUGGCCGCCAACGCCAGCGAAGCCAGUGACUCUGAGUCGGAGCAGGAGAGAGACUGGCUGGAUAAAGCGAUGGAAGACGACAGAAGCAACAAUAACUAUGGCAGGAGGAUAAACCACUGAAUUCCACCGUGUGGGAUCUACCUUCACUAAAUCAUACCAUAGAACAAUUUCCUAUCAUCAUUCCCCACCAGAUUACUAUCUAUAUUUUAUAGACACUUCAAUCUGUAUCAUCAAGUAGCAUGACUGAAAUCAAUAAUUUCCUAUCCUGACAGGCUAAAUUAAAAUGUAAGUGUUGACUGUUAACUCCCAUUAGCACAAAAACGUGUGGCUUCAAUCCUGUUAUGACAUUUCAUCAGCCUGCAGAGAUCGUCUGCACUGACAAACUUGGGGCUCGGCCACUCGAGCCGAUACCAAAUUCACAUUUGCAUAAACCGUCAUUCUGUAAUCUGUAAUCUUUAAAACAAAUUAGGAUUAUGCGGCUGGAAGAAGGACUCUGCACCACUUGGCAAAUUCAACACCUGAAGCAUCUUGACAAUAAGACACUGAAGCCUCGAACAAGGUGUGUAAACACCAGAAGUGUGCACAAGGUGAGACCGAACAAGAACAGCGCUCGGUUUCACCACACCCAACAACUCUGUUUAUCUACUGGAAAAGUUAGGACUGACUGCCUUCACUUAUUAUAUAUAUAUAUAUAAAUGUGCCUUUAUUUUUAAACUGUGUGAAAGAUUAGGCCAGAAAAAAGUUAGUUUAACCUGUAUUUCAAAUGGGGAUUAGCGCAAAAUGUACCUCAUGUCAAAUGUUCCCUUUAGACUUGUGAGGAAAGAAACUUCAACAACAAACCGCAAAUGUUAAAUUCAGACUUUAUAUUUUCCAUUUUCCGUGCAGAUAUCAUAUUAACAUUGAUGUUAAAAGGCUCCCUCGUGAUAUUUUCUUUCUGUUCAUAAAGUUUCACCAAGGGUCUGUUUUGGCUGCGUCUGAAACUGUUGCAAACCAAAGUACUGUGAAGAAUAAACUAACCAUGCUGGAACUAA